AUGGGUUACAAUAAUACCCCUUUUGUAGAAUGGCUUCUACACAGAGAGAAAGUAAAGAGAGAUCGGUGUAGAGGCGCUGAUGUUGACGAUGUUGAUCAUGGCAUUGAUGUCGCUGAUGUUGAUGAUGGAACUAAUGUUGAUGAUGUCGAUCAUGGCGCUGAUGUUGAUGAUGUCGAUCAUGGCGCUUUCUCUCAGUUCGGUGAAGUAAUCGAAUCGAAGGUCUGUUUGAUCUACACGUCGCAGAGAUCAGAUCUGUUCCGCGGAUCUGUUCCGAACGGUCAGGAUCUUGACGGGCACAACAUCACUGUCAAGGAGGCCCAGUCCCGCGGAAGCGGUGUUGGCGGAGACGGCGGGUUCCGCGAUGGUGGUGGUCAUCGUGAGGAUGGAUAUGGUGGUAGUGGAUGUCGCUGA